UGCUAUUACUAACAUCAUCAUCAUCAUCAUCAGAGGGAGAAGGAAGUGAAGAAUCUUUCUUAUCCUCUCGCCUCUUCUGCCAUCUCUCCUAUCCAAUACUUCGUCCGUCCUUCACUUCCGAUUCCUAUCAGUUUCAUCAGUCUCAGCUUCCCCGCCUUCCACCCCUCAGCCUCACCGCCCUCCGAUCCGAUUCCACCCCCUGGAGAAGUGUCAGCACGCCGAUCGCCGUCCAGUCUGAUUUGAAUGCUUGGUUCUCGGGGAAUCUGAGCGGGAACUCGGGAUCAGUUCAGUAGCCUGGUUCAGUCGGAGUUUUUGAAGAAGAAGGCGGUAUGGGGUCUCUGCAAGGACCAGUUAUUUGCCCGAUCCGUGCUAAACAGGCUGGAGUUUACUCCGUGCCGGUGAAUGGCCCUUUGUUGAAGCCCAGGCUCCUCAGGAGUGAAUUGUGGGGAUGCAGAAUGUCCUUUAGGCAGAGGACUGACGGUGGUGUUAUCCGGUGGUUGGUGGCUCGGAGGCGCAAGGCACCGCAAUGUAGUUUCAGUUCAUCAUCAGAUGGAAAUGGAAGCAUGGCCGAGAAUUUCAAUGAACACGAUGAAGAUUAUGUCAAUUCCAGUAUCGUUGAAGCUGUUGAGGUGAAGAGUGGAGCAGAUGGUUUCAUGAUAAAAAUGCGGGAUGGUCGGCAUUUGAGAUGUGUCCAUAAUAACCCCCAAGGAGGACAUUUACCCGAUUAUGCUCCUCAUCCUGCAAUAGUGCUGAAGAUGGAGGAUGGAACUGGUCUCCUUCUUCCAAUAAUUGUUUUGGAGAUGCCGAGUGUUUUGCUCAUGGCUGCAGUGCGCAAUGUUCAGAUCGCUAGACCAACCCUGUAUCAAGUCGUGAAAGAGAUGAUUGACAAGAUGGGCUAUGAGGUCAAACUUGUCAGAGUUACUAAAAGAGUCCACGAGGCUUACUUUGCUCAACUAUACCUUACGAAGGUGGGUGAUAAAACAGAUUGUGUCAGCUUUGACCUUCGUCCUUCAGAUGCCAUUAAUAUUGCAGUUAGAUGCAAGGUGCCAAUACAAGUUAACAAGUACUUAGCCUAUAGUGACGGGAUGAGGGUUAUUGAAUCUGGAAAACUGUCAGCACAAUCUCCUGCGUCAGACGGCUUAUUAUUCACAGAGCUUGAUAGGCCCAGUGGCCAGCCAUGCAUUGAGACAAAAGAGUUCAAUCUUGUGCGCAACAUGCUAAUAGCUGCUGUUGAGGAACGUUAUAGAGAUGCUGCUCAAUGGAGGGACAAACUGAGUCAACUCCGAGCUAAGAGGAACUUUACAUGACACGAUGCUAGUUACUAGAGCUGAAACUGUACAUAAGGACAAUUAUUUGGAGCCACCGAGGAUGCCUCGUCAGUGAUCAAUCAUGUCCACCGCCCCUUGCAUAUAUAUAUAUAUAUGUGUAAUAUGUAAUAUGUAUGUAGCAAGAUUGUGAAUAUGUAUAUGUAUGUACAUGUAUAGACAAAUCUCCCAGCUGUUAUUAUCAUAAUAUCGAACUCAGGAACUGUAUAAUUCUGAAUAUAUGAUUCCAGGGGGUUUCUACUGAA